AUGGCGAGCCCCGGCUCCGGUUUCUGGCCCUUCGGGACCGAGGAGGGCUCCGCGGCCGCCGAGAGCCCCGGCACAGCCAGAGCCUGGUGCCAGGUGGCACAGAAGUUCACCGGAGGCAUCGGCAACAAGCUGUGCGCGCUACUCUACGGAGACGCCGAGAAGCCCGCGGAUCCCGGCGCCAGGGCGACCCCGAGGGCGGCGGAGCCACGGCCAUCCUGCCCCACCUGCACCUGCGACAAGAAGCCCUGCGGCUGCCGGAGAGCCGACGUCAACUACGCGUUCCUGCACUCAACAGACCUGCUGCCAGCGUGCGACGGGGAGGCAGCGACGCUGUCCUUCCUGCAGGAUGUGGUGGACAUUCUGCUGCAGUACGUGGUGAAAAGUUUCGACAGAUCAACAAAAGUGAUCGAUUUCCACUACCCCAACGAGCUGCUGCAGGAGUACAACUGGGAGCUGGCGGAGCAGCCGCAGACCUUGGAAGAAAUCCUCCUGAACUGCAGGACUACACUCAAGUAUGCCAUUAAGACAGGGCAUCCUAGAUAUUUUAAUCAACUUUCAACUGGAUUGGACAUGGUUGGGUUGGCAGCAGAUUGGCUGACAUCAGCAGCAAACACUAAUAUGUUCACCUAUGAAAUUGCUCCAGUGUUUGUUCUUUUGGAAUAUGUCACGCUACGGAAAAUGAGAGAGAUGGUUGGCUGGCCGGGGGGCUGUGGCGAUGGGAUAUUUUCACCUGGUGGUGCCAUAUCUAACAUGUAUGCUAUGUUGAUUGCACGUUUCAAGAUGUUCCCAGAAGUUAAAGAAAAAGGAAUGGCAGCUAUUCCCAGACUGGUUGCCUUCACUUCUGAACACAGUCACUUUUCUGUGAAAAAAGGAGCUGCAGCCUUGGGUAUUGGUACAGAUAGUGUGAUUCUGAUUAGAUGCGAUGAAAGAGGGAAAAUGAUUCCAUCAGACCUUGAAAGAAGAAUUCUUGAGGCCAAACAAAAAGGAUUUGUUCCUUUUCUAGUGAGUGCCACAGCUGGAACAACAGUGUAUGGGGCAUUUGACCCACUCAUAGCUAUUGCAGACAUCUGCAAGAAAUACAAAAUCUGGAUGCAUGUGGAUGGAGCGUGGGGUGGCGGGCUGCUGAUGUCAAGGAAGCACAAAUGGAAGCUAAAUGGUGUUGAAAGGGCCAACUCGGUGACCUGGAACCCUCACAAGAUGAUGGGAGUCCCACUGCAGUGUUCAGCCCUGCUAGUGAGGGAAGAGGGACUGAUGCAGAGCUGCAACCAGAUGCACGCGUCCUACCUCUUUCAACAAGACAAGCACUACGACCUGUCUUAUGACACUGGGGACAAGGCUUUGCAAUGUGGGCGGCACGUUGAUGUCUUCAAGCUUUGGCUGAUGUGGAGGGCAAAGGGAACCACAGGAUUUGAAGCACAAAUUGAUAAGUGCUUGGAACUUGCGGAAUACCUAUACAACAAAAUAAAGAACAGAGAAGGGUAUCAAAUGGUGUUUGAUGGAAAGCCUCAGCACACAAACGUCUGCUUCUGGUAUAUACCUCCCAGCUUGCGCAGCAUGGAAGACAACGAAGAAAGGAUGAGCCGCCUCAUGAAGGUGGCACCAGUGAUAAAAGCAAGGAUGAUGGAAUAUGGGACGACCAUGGUGAGCUAUCAGCCUCUGGGAGACAAAGUGAACUUCUUCCGGAUGGUCAUCUCAAACCCAGCAGCAACUCAUCAGGACAUUGAUUUCCUGAUUGAUGAAAUAGAGCGCCUGGGACAAGAUUUAUAA